AUGGCAGAAGAGGAAUCCGAUUUGCAGGAUAACGACUAUCCAACUCGUUCUGGCAAGAGGCCGCGGUUGAGUGAUUUUGACUUGACGAUUGUUCUUCACUGGGACGACGAAGCUCAAAUGAAACGAAGUUUCCGCUCAUUCACGAACAAGGAAUAUCCAAGCUAUGUACAGUCGUAUUCCUGGUCCAUGUCCAAACUGAGCAAUAGUGUGGACAAUAUGUUGGAAAGCGAGUAG